UUCAUUUUUUAUUUUAGGGUAAAUUACAGAAAUAGUACCUGUGGUUAUACAAUAAUUUUGGAUUGGGUCCUUGAAAGAUUUUUAUUGCUGAUUUGAUCCCUAGGGUUUUAAUUUAUUUUGAAUCAAGUCCCAAUCAUUAACAUUGUUUAUUUUCUUCCGUUAAAUACUUUUAAAUUACUAUUUCACCCUUGAUGUCCGGCCACCAGCCCUUUUAGAUCUCUUGUCGUCGGUUUCUCACACCCAUCACAUUGUCUGUCACUACAACAUCGACCCUCUGUCGUCACUCACCACCCCACUCAACCCCUAACCUAAGCACCCUUACCAGGUAGUUCUAUUCCUUCUGUUCCCUCUCGUUCUUCUCUAUUUGCGGAUAUCUGGAGGUAGAAGACGAACGCGUCGAAGCCAUUAAAGUUGUUGUGGUUUUUUGUAAAUCAAUUUAUGAUUUUUUUUUUUGGUUUCUUGUUCAUUGAUAUCUAGGGUGCGCAAUCGAUUUCUGGAUUUCUUGUUCAGGAAUUAUUAUUUUUUUGGUUAAACGAGUGUACUUGCGUUUUUUAUUCAUCGAUUUGCACAGCCCAAAAACCCCAUUCCCCAAUCCAGGUUCUAAAAUUUCGACCACAGCGGAUGGUGCGCCAAAGCUCGUAUCAGGAAGGAACCAAAAACAAGGGUAUUCAUUUAUUUGGAAUUUUUGUUCAUGAAAUGCAUAUGGGUCUUUUGUUAAUGGUUUGUAUUAGAAAGUAACACAAAAAGAGUGACGCCAAAACCUUUUGAAGAUUUAUGGACUGCAUGUAAGAUGAAUAUUGAUGGAUUUCCUGGAGAAGAUGAAGUUGUGGUCUUGUGGGUGGUUUCCCGGAGAAGAAGAUGGUGAGGGGUGGGUUGGGUAGAGGAGUAAUGGGGUUAAUAUUUGGUUUAUAGAAUCGAUUUGAAGAUUGUCAUGAAUGUGCAGGUUUUUGAAAGGCUAAUAUGUAGGUCUGAUGCUUGGCAAUUGGUAUCAAUUUGCAUAUUUUAUAAGGGAUAUUAUUGAGCUUUUCAUUUGGAAUUGAUUUGCAGGUCCAAUGCUUGGGAUCGAUUUGCAUUCAUCCGGUGGAUAUGAAGAUGUGGAGGAGAGGGACGAUUUCUAUAAUUUAUCCUUUAUUUUAAAAAGAGUUGGCCGGCCAAAUUUUCAUUUGAGUUGUGGAUACAGAUUCUCCAUUGACUCAGUCUUCUAAUACUGCAACAAGUUAUUCUUCAUUUAUGUCUUUAUAAAUGUACUCGUUACUUGAUCAUAAUAAUCCAUUCUUACAUCAUCACAACUCAUCUUUCAGUUUAAACUUUCUUCUAAACUAAAAUUGAGUUAGGGUUCAUAAUGGAAAAUCGGAGGGGUUUGGGGCUCCAUCUCAUUUUCGUAUGUGUUUUUUUGUUUGCAACCACAUAUACUUGUUUGGGGAUUGGAAAUGUUAGCGUCAUCUGCUCUGAGCACGAACGACUUGCUCUUCUCAACUUCAAACACAGUAUCCAAGAUCCUUUUGAAAUGUUGUCAUCAUGGGUUGGGAAUGAGUGUUGCAUGUGGGAAGGAAUCCAGUGUGAUGGUGUGACCGGAAAUGUUCAACGCCUUAAACUUAAUGCAGAUUCCUACUAUGACUUCUUUCCUCGUAAUAAGGUGAGCUCUUCUUUGGCAGAGUUGAGGCAUCUCAAAUACCUUGACUUGAGUGGGAAUGGUUUUUUUCUAGGAAGUCUGAUCCCUGAGUUCAUUGGAUCCUUGAAACAGCUGACCUACCUCAAUCUAUUUGAUGCUGGUUUUGAAGGUAUUAUUCCUCCUCAAAUUGGAAAUCUUUCUAAUUUAAAGGUUCUUAAUCUCGGUUCAAACUUUUUAAAGGCAGAUGAAAUUGCAUGGAUUUCUCGCCUUCCGUCACUCGAGCUUCUCGACUUGAGUUCAGUGGAUCUUAGUGGAGCACAAAACUGGGAUCAAACUUUGCUUCACAUGACUCCCUUGUUGAAAGAGUUAAGUUUGUCGAAUUGUCUACUUUCCAAUGUUGACCUUGGUGCUUUUCUUAAUUUGAGUAGAAUACUUCCCAAAAUCAAACACCUCGAUCUUGGCUUCAAUUCUUUCGAAGGUCCACUACCCACCUUUUUUCAAAACAUGACCUCCCUCACAUUCCUCGAUCUUUCCGUCUUUAAUCUUAGUUUGGCAUGGAACUUUCCAGACCUACUAAGCAUGAUCCCUUCUCUAUCAGAGCUGCAUUUGUUUGAUUGUGGGCUUGAUAGGACACAUCUAUCUUCCCCUCGUCUUAAUUUCAGUACACUUUCUAACAUCCAACACCUCGAUCUUAGCUAUAAUCCACUUGGAGGCAUAUUUCUGUCCUUUUUGACUAACAUGAGCUCCCUAAGAGUCCUUGACCUUUCGGAUACCAUGUUGAAUUCAUCCCUUCCUAUUAUGCCUAAACUUCUAGAGCUUCAUCUUUCUUAUAACAUGUUUAAGCAGAUUGAGCAUGUUGGAAUCUGGAGACAGUGCCACCUGCAACAGUUGAGAGUGACAAAUAAUGAAUUUGGUAUGGAAAUGAUUGACUCACCAAAAAACACAUCAGAAUGCUCCCAGGAUUCUUUGGCGAAUUUAAGAGUUCUUGAUCUAUCGUACAACAGACUGGUUGGUUCAAUCCCUGAAUCUCUGAGUAGAUUAAGAUUUUUAGAAGUGCUAGAUCUAUCUCAAAAUCACUUGACUGGUCCUGUUCCAGAGUUCCCUGGUAACCUUACCAAACUUGACCUUUCUUCUAACCAAUUGACUGGUUCAAUUCCAAAGUCCCUUGGAAAAUUAGCAGCUUUAACAGAUUUGAAUCUAAGUUCUAAUUUGUUAAAUGGGUCUAUUCCACUUUCAAUAGGGAAACUUGCCAAACUCCGUUCUCUCGUUCUCUCCAACAAUUCUUUAGAAGGAGUAGUUACCGAAGCCUAUUUUGCCAACCUUUCCAUGUUGAAGGACUUGGAUGCUUCUUCUAACACUAAGUUGACAUUCAAUGUUUCACGUGGGUGGAUACCUCCAUUCCAAUUAAAAUCUCUUAAUCUCAGUUCUUGCAAUAUCGGUAAUGGAUUCCCACAGUGGCUUCGAAAACAACGGAAGCUUCAAAUCUUAGUGUUGUCAAAUGCUACACUUUCAGGACCUCUGCCCACAUGGUUGCGGAAGAUGCCCAUCAUUCCUGUCUUAGAUCUCUCUCACAACAAAUUCAGUGGACCUCUGACAAACCUUCCCAAUGGUGGAAAUGAUAAAGUGUAUACAUAUUCUCCUGAGCCCGCAUUACUUCUGGAAUAUAACCUUUUCAAUGGGUCGAUUCCAAGGUCAUUGUGCAGAAGAACAUAUUUAGUAGGACUUGAUCUUUCCAAAAAUAUGUUAAGUGGGAAAAUUCCCAACUGUUUGGGGAAUCUGAAGGAUUUGACUAACAUGAUAUUAAGCUCAAAUCGGCUCUCUGGUGUCAUUCCAAGUUCAAUAGCUCUUAAUUCAUCAUUAUUUUGGUUAAGUUUGAAUGACAAUAACUUUAUUGGUGAACUUCCACGAGAAUUGGCAAAUCUACAACUUUUGCAAGUCUUAGAUUUGGGUGAUAAUAAGUUCUCUGGAAAUAUACCAAAAUGGAUUGGAGAAAAAUUUAUAGAUUUGGUAGUUUUGAGGUUACACAAAAACAACUUCACCGGUAGAAUUCCUCGAUCUCUGUGCAAAAUUUCAACUCUUCAAAUUUUGGAUCUUGCAUACAACAACUUAACAGGGACCAUCCCCCGUUGUGUAGGAAAGUUAAAUGGCAUGGUUGAGAGUCACUCAAUACCUUUGUAUCAUUCCGCUUCCGAUUAUGAUAAGAAUGUGAUUCAGGGCAUGAAAGGUGUUGAUCUUGAAUAUACAACAAUUUGGGGUAUGGUUUAUAACAUGGAUGUUUCAAGCAAUAAGCUUGUGGGAGAAAUACCGGUCGAGCUAACUGCGCUUUCUAAGUUGGUGGGUCUCAAUUUGUCUAAUAAUCAUCUCAGUGGGGAGAUUCCACACAACAUUGGAAACAUGACAGAGUUAUUUUCUCUUGAUUUCUCAAAAAACGAGUUGAGUGGGAGGAUCCCUUCAAGCAUGGCAGCUUUGACUUUUUUGAGCCAUUUGAAUUUGUCACACAACAACUUGUCGGGACAAAUUCCAACAGGAAAUCAACUGCAAACGCUUAAUGAUCCUUCAAUAUAUGCUGGGAACAAACAUCUAUGUGGGCCUCCAUUGCCAAACACUUGCUCAAAUCAUCAAGAUCCAACAACAACAAGAAGCAAGAAGAAACACAAAGCAACUGAUGAGUGGAUGAAGGUAUGGUUGUUUUACGGGGACAUAAUGAGUGGUUUUGUAAUAGGGUUUUGGGGUGUUAUUGGAGUUCUGUUGUUCAAGAAGCAGUGGAGACAGAAGCUUUUCAUGUUUGCUGAGGUAAUGGUAGACAAGAUAUAUGUUGCAGUCAUGGUAAGAGUUUCCAAAAUCAGGAGAGGAAGAGAAGCUGCAUAGAUCCUCUGGAAUGCAAGUAGGUCUCCAGUAUAUAUUAUCAAUGAUUGUUUUUCUUUUUAGAAAUGCUAUUGUGCUUAUUAUUAUAUAAUAGUUUUUUGUAUGACUUUUGUAAUAUAUAUGGUGUUGUUUAGAGGUGGCAAUUUACAAAAUUUAUAUUG